GAGCUGAUGAUCCAAUGCAAGAAACUGAGUUUAAGAAGAAACUGUUUGCCGGGCACGGUGGCUCACGCCUGUAAUCCCAGCACUUUGAGAGGCUGAGGCAGGCGGAUGGCCUGAGGUUGGGAGUUCGAGGCCAGCCUGGCCAACAUGGUGACACGCCGUCUCUACUAAAAAUACAAAAUUAGUCCGGCGCAGUGGCGUGCGCCUGUAAUCCCAGCUACUCAGGAGUCCGAGGCAGGAGAAUUGCUUGAACCCUGGAGAUGGAGGUUGCAGUGAGCUGAUAUCGCGCCACUGCUCUCCAGCCUGGGUGACAGAGUGAGACUCCAUCUCAAAAAAAAAAAAAAAAAAAAAAAAAAAGAAGAAGAAGAAGAAGAAGAAGAAGAAGAAGAAACUGUUCAUCUGAAAUCCGACAACUCAUUCUUGAAGGAAAUUGUGACGUGUGUUCUGGGCAGGGUUUGAGGUUUUGGAACAUUUUCUAAAAGGGACAGAGAGCACCCUGCUACAUUUCCUAAUCAAGAAGUUGGCGUGCAGCCGGGAGAGCUAGACUAAGUUGGUCAUGAUGCAGAAGCUACUCAAAUGCAGUCGGCUUGUCCUGGCUCUUGCCCUCAUCCUGGUUCUGGAAUCCUCAGUUCAAGGUUAUCCUACGCAGAGAGCCAGGUACCAAUGGGUGCGCUGCAAUCCAGACAGUAAUUCUGCAAACUGCCUUGAAGAAAAAGGACCAAUGUUCGAACUACUUCCAGGUGAAUCCAACAAGAUCCCCCGUCUGAGGACUGACCUUUUUCCAAAGACGAGAAUCCAGGACUUGAAUCGUAUCUUCCCGCUUUCUGAGGACUAUUCUGGGUCAGGCUCCGGCUCCGGCUCCGGCUCCGGCUCUGGAUCAGGAUCUGGGAGUGGCUUCCUAACGGAAAUGGAACAGGAUUACCAACUAGUAGACGAAAGUGAUGCUUUCCAUGACAACCUUAGGUCUCUUGACAGGAAUCUGCCCUCAGACAGCCAGGACUUGGGUCAACAUGGAUUAGAAGAGGAUUUUAUGUUAUAAAAGAGGAUUUUCCCACCUUGACACCAGGCAAUGUAGUUAGCAUAUUUUGUGUAUCAUGGUUAAAUGAUUAACCUUGGGACAAAGAAUUUUAUAGAAAUUUUUAAACAUCUGAAAAAGAAGCUUAAGUUUUAUCAUCCUUUUUUUCUCACGAAUUCUUAAAGGAUUAUGCUUUAAUGCUGUUAUCUAUCUUAUUGUUCUUGAAAAUACCUGCAUUUUUUGGUAUUAUGUUCAACCAACAUCAUUAUGAAAUUAAUUAGAUUCCCAUGGCCAUAAAAUGGCUUUAAAGAAUAUAUAUAUAUAUUUUUAAAGUAGCUUGAGAAGCAAAUUGGCAGGUAAUAUUUCAUACCUAAAUUAAGACUCUGACUUGGAUUGUGAAUUAUAAUGAUAUGCCCCUUUUCUUAUAAAAACAAAACAAAAAAAUAAUGAAACAGUGAAUUUGUAGAGUGGGGGUAUUUGACAUAUUUUACAGGGUGGAGUGUACUAUAUACUAUUACCUUUGAAUGUGUUUGCAGAGCUAGUGGAUGUGUUUAUCUACAAGUAUGAUUGCUGUUACAUAACACCCCAGAUUAACUCCCAAAUUAAAGCACAGUUGUGCUGUCAAUACCUCAUACUGCUUUACCUUUUUUUCCUGGAUAUCUGUGUAUUUUCAAAUGUUGCUAUAUAUUAAAGCAGAAAUAUAACCAAAGGUUAAA